CACUUACUUUGUUGUUGUUUUAUUUAAUAAAGACUCUCUCUUUCUCUAUCUGUCUCUUGUGAUUUACUCAAUAUUAUUUAUUAUACUUAUUAUUGUUUGUUAGUGUGAUUUGCAGACCCAAUCACAAAGUAAUCAUGGAGCGUCCAAUUGGGUUUGAUUAAGCAAUAUAGGGUUGAAUUGGAUUGGAAUCUCAUCUGGGUUUUCUUCUUCUUGUGCGAUUCAUACUCUCUGGUCUACUUUCUUCUUGCUUGAUUUUGCUUCUUUGGAAGAAUCUCCAUCUGGAUCGGAUUGAAUUGAAUUGAAUUGGGAAGAUUGCGAUCAUGGCUCCAGAGACGUCUCGCAGUACAUCAACAUAUGCUGAUUAUGGUAUAUCAGCACCUUCUUCAGAUUCAGGAGGAAUAAGAAACUCUCCAUUUCGGAAAACCAUUCUUUCUUCCAUUAAUAAUGGGAAACAUGGGAUGGAAUCAAGUAGUAAUGCAGUAAACGAGCUUCUUGAAUGCCCUGUUUGCUUGAACAUCAUGUAUCCUCCAAUUCAUCAGUGUCCGAAUGGUCACACCAUAUGUUUCCAAUGCAAGGCAAAAGUAGAAAACUGUUGUCCAAUUUGUAGACAGGAGCUUGGAAACAUAAGAUGUGUUGCUCUUGAGAAAGUAGCGGAAUUGCUAGAAUUACCAUGCCGAUAUCAGUUCAUGGGUUGUCAAGACAUAUUUUCGUACCAAAAUAGGUCGAGACACGAACAUAGUUGCAGGUUCAGACCGUUUAAUUGCCCUUAUGCCGGAGCUGAAUGCUCGGUCAAUGGAGACAUCCCUUUUCUCGUUUCCCAUCUCAAAGAGCAUCACAAAGUUGACAUGCAUGACGGCUGGUCUACCUUCAAUCACCGUUAUGUCAAAUCCAAUCCACACGAAGUUGAAAACGCUACCUGGAUGUUAACUGUUUUCAACUGUUUUGGGCAUCAGUUCUGCUUGCACUUUGAAGCAUUCAACCUAGGAAUGGCACCUGUUUACAUGGCAUUCUUGCGAUUCAUGGGCGACGAUCAAGAUGCUAAAAAAUUCAGCUACAGCUUGGAAGUUGGAGCAAACGGGCGUAAGUUAACAUGGCAAGGAGUGCCACGAAGCAUUCGCGACAGCCACAAGACAGUUCGAGACAGCCUAGACGGUCUGAUUAUACAGAGAAGUUUAGCACUUUUCUUCUCUGGAGGUGAUGGUCAAGAGUUAAAGCUUAAAGUUGCUGGAAGAAUAUGGAAAGAACAUUUAUAAUAAUGUAGUACAAGUGUUCACAAAAUCCAAAAACUUGGGAAGAUCUUGAAAACAUAAAGUUACAUUGUUUUGGCAGGCA